CGGGAAUCGGGGUAACCCAACAAACAGUGUCCCACUUUACAACCCGGAAAUCCGAUGAGGACGCAAGUGUAUGAAAAUGAUUCGAACCGCAUCAACCCAGAUCAUUCGUAUUAGUACCACUAACUCACCAUCAACAUCACCAGACCAAAAUUACACGUCACCUUUCAGACAGCCACACCUCCACGUCGCUGUCUCGCCGGAAUCCCUUCCUUACCGCCACCCAAUUUCAUUUCCCGGUCGCCGGUGAUUAUUACUGGGAACCUCCUCCGCACUAUUAUAUUCCGAAAAAAGAGUAAAUUAAUAGUAAUACCCCCGAAGAAAAAGGGGAGAAAAGAAAAGGAACCAUUUCGUAUCUGUUAAUUAAAAAACAAAGAACUGUCACACGGUGCCACCUUCUUGUUUCCUGUUCCGUUCCCCUCCUCUUUCGCGUCUUCCCAAAUCCAACUCUGUAGUACAGAUACAGAGUUUUUUUUUUUUUUUUUUUUUGAGUUUCGAGGACUUGAAUCGUUGUUUUCCUACAUCUAUUUCAGCUCAAAAUAAAAGGCCAAAAGAGAGGGACGCCCAAGGAGGAAUAACUGAGCGAGCAAGAAUUUCGAUUGCAGCUUCGAAAGGGAUUGGAGCUAAUUAGUUUGAAUGGCGGUGGAGUACACAUGUUGCGAGACGGAGUUCUUCAUACACAUUCUGAUCAUAAUGGGGUUGGUUUUGUUUGCCGGAAUGAUGUCUGGCCUCACCUUGGGUCUUAUGUCCCUCAGUCUUGUUGAUCUUGAGGUGCUUGCCAAGUCCGGCACUCCCAAGGACAAGAAGCAUGCCGAAAAGAUAUUGCCAGUUGUAAAAAAUCAACACCUGUUGCUUGUUACCUUGCUCAUUUGCAAUGCUGCAGCCAUGGAGGCACUUCCCAUUUUCCUUGAUGCCCUAAUUACAGCUUAUGGUGCUAUCCUGAUAUCAGUGACAUUGAUUCUUCUGUUUGGUGAGAUUAUUCCUCAAGCGGUCUGCACUAGAUAUGGAUUGGCUAUUGGUGCAACUGUUACCCCCUUUGUUCGUGUCCUUGUUUGGAUCUGCUUUCCGAUCGCUUAUCCAAUAAGCAAGCUUUUAGACCUUCUGUUAGGGCAUGAACAUAGAGCUCUUUUCCGCCGAGCCGAGUUGAAAACCCUAGUUGAUUUACAUGGUAACGAGGCUGGUAAAGGUGGAGAACUUACACAUGAUGAAACUACAAUUAUAGCUGGAGCCCUUGAGCUGAGUGAGAAAACAGCUGGUGAUGCAAUGACUCCUAUUUCAGAAAUUUUUGCUAUUGAUAUUAAUGCAAAGCUUGAUAGAUCUGUAAUGAAUUCAAUUUUGGAGAAGGGGCAUAGCAGGAUACCAGUUUACUAUGAGCAUUUGACAAACAUAAUUGGUGUUAUUCUGGUUAAGAACUUGUUAACCAUCCCUCCAGAAGAUGAAGUCCCUGUGAAGAGUGUGACCAUUCGGAAAAUUCCAAGGGUUGCAGAAACAAUGCCAUUGUAUGAUAUCUUGAAUGAGUUUCAGAAAGGUCAUAGUCACAUGGCUGUUGUUGUUCGACGUAGCAACAACCUCAGUGAGGAGCAAUCUGCUAGCAAGAUUGAUGGGGAAAACAAAGUAAAGGAAGUGCAGAUAGACGUUGAUGGCCAAAAGACUCCUUUGGAAAAGACACUGAAGACGAAGAGAUCGCUGCAAAAGUGGAAAAGUUUUCCUAAUGGUGGAAGUGGUUCUUUUAGAAGCAGCAGAAGCCGAAAGUGGACAAAGGAAAUGUAUCCUGACAUCCUUCAGAUAGAUGGCAACCCGCUUCCAAAACUCCCAGAAGAAGAAGAGGCAGUUGGGUUGAUUACAUUGGAAGACGUUAUUGAAGAACUAUUGCAGGAGGAGAUUUUUGAUGAGACGGAUCACCAUUUUGAAGACUCGUGACGAUGGUUUUCUUUGUCACACCUGCUUUUAUUCGAACACAGAAGGCGUUGAAACUCACUUUUGCAUACAAGAGUUUUUGAGCUGUUAUGAAUUUGGUACAGGUAACCUGUCCAAUAUUAUGCUGAUAGGUGUAGCUGGCAUAUUAGUGAUGAAACUGUAAAUGAGAUGAUGCAGCAGCAGAAGCUCCUGACCGCCAUAUUCCUAGUCCAAUUUGGCUCAAUUUGUUUUGUGUUUCUUUGUUCCAAGCUGAAAAGGCCUACUAAUAUGGUAGUCAGUUGGGUGACUAGAGGAUGUUUUGAUGAUGCCACACUACUGUUCGGUUCUUUAAUUGUUUGUAUAUCUCGAGUCGUAGUGUGAUUUGAUGUGUGGUAAUGAUGGUUUUAAGACCCUAUAGAGAGCAAAAUAUCUGCCUAUGUAUGUCCCUGGGAGUAGCUUUGCAUACAUAAAGAUGUUAAUAGUAAAGGUAGCUUCGAAGUAAAAUAUAACAAAACAUCUCACAUACGAAUGUUAAAAUGCUCGUGCAAUCCACUUAAGAUCAUAUAUCCCCGUAAAGGAGUAAUCCUUCAAUUUGACAGAAGGCAUUAAAAGGUAAAAUAAAGCCCAGCUAAGGAAGCUGACAUGAUGUUUCAAUGCUUGUGAGUUGUCUUGCUACCUCGAUCAUGUUUGGCCUAUCUUCUCCUUUCUGUUGGGUACAUUUCAAAGCGAGUUCUGCAACAUUUUUCAGUUGAUCUUCAAUUUUUCCAUCUCUUUCUAGCAGAUUGACAGGGUCUAGUACUAUAUCCAGUUCAGUAUUGUCUAUUGCAUCUUGCAUAUAAUCAACCAAAUCAAGCCAUUUAUCAUCUUGAUUAAAGAAGUCCCUUUUACCUGUUAAGAGGACGAGCAGAAGUCUCCCAAACAUGUAUACAUCCGUCUUCUCUGUGAUCGUACCAGUCAUAGCGUAUUCGGGUGCUAAGUGUCCUGUAUACCCGACGAUGGUGUCCACCACAAAUUGUGUUUCUCCGGGAGGCAGUUGCACGCAUAAUGAAAAAUCAAACAACUUGGCAGCACCAAACUGAUCAACGACAAUGUUCUUUGUGCACAUAUUUGUGUGAAUGAUAGGACUCAGAAAAGCAGUAUGCAGAUAAACGAUUGCAUUCGACACACCACUGGCAACUCUUAACCUAUUUUUCCAGGGAAACGAAGCUGCAUCUUUCCAAGGAUCUGUCUCCUUCCUGUAAAAUAGAAUGUCGUCAAGAAGCCGAUGCUUCCCAGUGUAGUCGUACACAAGGACUGGUUCUUUGAAAUCCAAACAACAUCCCAAGAACCUCAUAACAUUUUGGUGGCGACUCAUCAGCAAUGAUACUACUAUGUCGCGGUUGACAAAUGAAUAAAAUCUUAAGAAUGUCUUAACUAAAAUCAUGCGGUCCUGAAAAGAACCGCGGAACAUGCGACCAGUUCCAUCGUACAUCACAACCUCCCGGAAAUCACUUGUUGCAGCAAUGAUCUCUUUGGCUUUGAAGUUGCGGAAAGGAGUAUCAUAUUUAAUAUUAGUAGCAGAUGCAAGGCCUUCGAAUGUAAAGCUUCCAUUUUCCAAAAACGUUGUCGAAACUUCCCUUGGUUUGCAAGUUCCUUCCAACAACCAAAGCUUUAUUCUCUGGAUUCCACGAGCCAAACAAUCCAUUGACCAACUCUACAAAGGGAAUUGCCAGAAGAAUCACUGUGAGAUUUAGCUUCAAAAGUAAGGGAAAGACCGGGAUCAAUGGAUCAUGAAGUUUUUUCUUACUUUCCUAAAGACUAGGUCUGUUGACCGUUGAUCGAACAAGCAACCUAACGCUUACAUCUAAAUCCCGGAUAUUACUUGUGAUGAAACAUUUGUUGGUUGCUUCAAGCCUUCAACUCUGUGAUUCUAUGAAAAUAAAGAAACUAAUCCUAGUUUCUCCAAAGAAAAACUAAUUUUCACAGGGAAGAAUAGGCAGAGGACUUACCUGUCGAUUUACAACCAGAGAGACAAAAGAAUGCUUCUCCUGGAUCUUCUUUUCCUCUCAUCACCGAACAGUAAAGAACCCUGUAAUUUUUUGGUGCAGAACUUAUGUUUUCUUUCUCAUUUAAUGAACAUGUGCGCGUGGACUUGGACUGUGGAAGUUUUGAUCCAUGCGUUGACGUAGAAGAAGACGUCUAAGUCCUUCAUGCACUUAUGGCCAUUGCAUUUCAGUUUCCCUUACCAUAUAGUCAACGCUUCCUCUAAACUGGGUGUGUUCUUUUUGUAGUAAUGGGAAUGGAGGUAAUG